AUGUCUGUUCAUAGAGACAAAGUCGACGUUUCAACGUUACCCCAUGUAUACGAUGGAGAAGUGACCUUGGCCGUCAUUGGAGGCACAGGGUUGUACGACUUGCCCAAUUUGCGCCCCGUGGCUAGAUUGACGGUGAGUACUCCGUGGGGGUUCCCAUCUGCGCCAAUCACCGUCGCCAAGACUGACCUGGGCUUUCCCGUGGCUUUUUUGGCCAGACACGGGAAACACCACGACUUGUUACCCAGCGACGUGCCAUCUCGUGCUAAUAUUGCCGCGCUCAAGCAUUUGGGAGUCAAGGCCAUCAUUGCGUUUUCUGCUGUCGGUUCAUUGCAACCGGAAAUCAAGCCGCGUGACUUUGUCUUGCCCACGCAAAUCAUUGACCGAACCAAGGGGAUCCGACCACUGACUUUUUUCGAAAAGGGGUUUGUUGCCCAUGCCAUGUUUGGAGAGCCGUUUGAUUUGAAAUUGAAUGCCUUGAUCGCCAACGCCAUCCCAUCGCAGGGCUUUUUGGAGGGAUUCGACAAGGAAGACGUUGCGCCUACUUUACAUACUAAAAAACACACCAAUGGAGACGACGAUCUCACCAUUAUAUGUAUGGAAGGACCUCAAUUUUCAACUCGUGCCGAGUCGAAAUUGUACAGAUCCUGGGGCGGCUCCAUUAUUAACAUGUCAGUUUUACCGGAGGCCAAGUUGGCUCGUGAAGCAGAAAUCGCCUACCAGAUGAUAUGCAUGUCUACUGAUUACGACUCGUGGAAUGAAAGCGAAGAGCCCGUGACUGUUGAAACCGUUGUUGGCAACUUGAAGGCUAAUUCUGCCAAUGCGUGUAAAUUGGCUGCCAAGUUGAUUGACGAAUUUGCUGAAAAGGGGAGCGAGAUUGGCGAGGAUAUCAAGGGAUCGAUGAAAUACGCCGUUAGCACGAGCCCCCAUGGUGUCAAGAAGGAAAUUUUGGAGAAGAUGCAUUAUUUGUUCCCUGGUUACUGGGAAGUUUAG